UAUCGCUUGCUCAAAAGGCGGCGGGCUCCGCGGCCAGCCCUAAGCAGAGCAGCCCGCCAGAGCUCCCGCCAUGGCCUCCGUUCCCGGCCAGCUGCUCCGCCUCCUGCUGCGCGCCCUCGGCGCCUUCUGGAGCACCCUGGCGCCUUUCUACUGGUGGCGCUGCGGGGCGCCCGUCCGGCCGAGGGUCCCGGAGGAGGGAGCCGCUCCCCGGCCGGUGCCCGUCAGCGUCAACUACCACUUCACCCGCCAGUGCAACUACAAGUGCGGGUUCUGCUUCCACACGGCCAAGACCUCCUUCGUGCUGCCCCUGGCCGACGCCCAGUGGGGGCUCGGCUUGCUCAAGCAGGCGGGUAUGGAGAAAAUAAACUUCUCAGGAGGGGAGCCGUUUCUUCACGAGAGAGGAGAGUUUGUGGGGAAGCUGGUCCAGUUUUGCAAACAGGAGUUAAAACUCCCAAGUGUCAGCAUUGUGAGCAAUGGAAGCAUGGUUACAGAAAAGUGGUUUAAACGUUACGGGGAAUACCUAGAUAUUCUGGCUGUUUCUUGCGACAGCUUCAGUGAGGAAGUCAAUGUUUUAAUUGGUCGUGGGCAAGGAAGGAAGAACCAUGUUAAAAAUCUCCAGAAGCUCAGGGGAUGGUGCCGUGAUUAUAGUGUGGCUUUUAAAAUAAACUCAGUGAUCAACAGCUUUAAUGUCGAAGAGGAUAUGAAUGAGCAUAUUCAGGCAUUAAAUCCUGUCCGCUGGAAGGUCUUUCAGUGCUUGCUCAUUGAAGGGGAAAAUACAGGGGAAGACGCUCUGAGAGAAGCAGAAAAAUUUGUCAUCAGUGAUGAAGAUUUUGAACUAUUCCUACGUCGUCAUAAAAAUGUUUCAUGCUUGGUGCCGGAAUCUAAUAAAAAAAUGAGAGAUUCCUACUUAAUUCUGGAUGAAUAUAUGCGUUUUCUAAACUGUAAAAAUGGCCGGAAGGAACCUUCCCGAUCUAUUCUGGAUGUAGGUGUAGAAAAUGCUAUACAGUUCAGCGGAUUUGAUGAGAAGAUGUUUUUCAAGCGAGGAGGAAAAUAUGUAUGGAGCAAAGCAGAUAUGAAACUUGAAUGGUGACCCAACAAAUUUAGAUGCUGCAGUAUUUUUCUACUCUGCAGAGAAGGAUACUUUCUAACAGAUUUUUCUCUGCAUUUUAACUACUUCCGUAUGCAGCAGUUGCUUGUGCGGAGAAAACAGCUGAUUUACGCUUGUCCAUAAAUGUGAAUUAGGAUUUUCCUUUCCCUGUGUAUUUAAAUAACAAGUUGCAGCAGGAGCUGCAGAUAAGGGAUGAUGUGAGAACAAGACCCUGCACAAAGAUCCAGAGAACAUGAGGAGAAGCACCAGCUAUCACCCCGUGCCUAAUUAUCACAGAGAAGAAUGUCAAAAUAUUUAAAUGGUAAUACCCAAUGCCAGCGAGGCAUAACUGUAUAACGAAGAACAGGAAGGGCAAUUUGUUGACAACCGUAUAAAUGUUCAGAUGCUUACUUGCAUGUGUAGGGCAAAUGGUCAUCAAUCCAAGACUUGAUGAGCAAAUAAAAGACAUACAUGGGCUGAUCCAAACUUUGCAAAGUCUUUAUGAGGACUUUGGGUCAGAUUUCUGCAAUGAGUUAUGUGCUGGAAACCUAGUUCCCAGAUGUAGCAUUGUAGCAACCCCAAUCUGGGUUGCAAAGAAAAUGGGUUUCCAUCUUCCCACCAGUUUCAUAUUCCUGACUGAAAAUGGUCCUGGGGAGCUGCUAUUUGCCCUGUUGAGGAAACUUGCACACAGUCAUUCUGCUAUGACCCAAAUUCAAAUCCAGCCCCCAUGUACCUAGAGUUAAAUUACCAUCUGGGAACUCCCAGCAUACAUCUGUAGAAUAUCCACAUAGGAUUCCAAGUCUGGAAGGAAACCUGCUGAAGCAAAACAACUACCAGAGAGAAGAAAUUGGGAGUGCCGGGGAGCGGGCAGGCCGAGGGAGGAUUCAGGCACAUCUGUCCUUUUCAUCCUACCCUAAUCUAUAGAGAUUUGGCGUGGCCACAUUUUAACAAAUAGGUCAUGCCACCUUAUUAGAGACUGAAUAAGUUAUGUUAUAAGGUUUCUUGUUCAUUUUUUUGUGCAAAAAUUCAAAGUUAUAUCUCACAAUUUGAUUUUUUUUUUAAAAAAAAUCUGUUACAGAAAUUUUAGGAAAAAAUUUAAAUGUGUAAAGUGCAAAAAUAGCAUACCGAUAGUGUAAAAUAUGUAAAAAUAGUGAUUUCAGUGUGUUUGAUGCUUAUUUAAGAUCCAUUGCCUUAGUAUUCAUCAAGAAGGAUUGAGUGUUUUAAAAUGUAUUCUUAUGUUGUUUUAAAUGUAUUUAAAAAUAGAAAUUUGGAAGUGAUGGGGGUUCAAAUGGCCCACUCAAGUGGAGGUGGGGGGGGCACAAUACAAAAGGAGGAAUCCCAGCAUCUAUCCUUAGUUGGAUGGAGGAUGAAAUGUCUCAAUAGAUGCUGCAAGUGUAUUUUUCCAGGAUGCAAAAUGAAGGGCUGAGCCUGAGCAGUCCUUUACAAGAAGCUGGAAUCCCAUCAGCCAACAGCAGGAGGAGACUGGGAUGUGGAAAUGGCCUGGGAGGAAGCCAAAAUGAGUGGCCCCUGUGGCUGUGUGCUUGACAUUGUGCUUAGUGUUUCUCUAAUGUGUUUUUAUUUUUUUAAUAAAAGAGGGGCUGUGGUCCUAUGUACGUUACGAGUAAGUCCCAUCAAGGGCCUAGGCCUUAUUUCUAAGUAAGGCCGAACAGGAUUGAUCAGACUGCAAGUUUUCAAAAAUACCUGUGAUACUGCAUUAUGAACAAAUGUGAAAAUGGCUAGAGAAAUAUAUGUAUAUUUAUAGCGUGACUAGAGAAUUAUAUAAUGAUUAUUAUUACAAAACUCUAUAUUUCUAAGUAUAAAAAUAAA